CGCAUUGAAUUUUCAAAAUAUUGCAAAUCAAAUUUAAACAGUGUCAACAAAAUAAAAAAAAAAACUAUCGCCAUUACAUACAUAUAAUUACUGACCAAGCAAGAUCAAAAGCGGCGGUGCUAGAGAGUUUCAACUUUUUGUGUGGUGAAGCAAAAUUAAAACAAAAUGCCCGUUUUUCAUACGAAAACCAUUGAGAGCAUUUUAGAUCCUGUCGCUCAACAGGUCUCUCGCCUCGUCAUUCUACACGAAGAAGCCGAAGAUGGCAACGCCAUGCCCGAUCUCAGUCGUCCUGUGCAGGUGGUAUCUGCCGCUGUGGCAAAUCUGGUCAAAGUCGGUCGUGAAACCAUCAACAGCUCGGAUGAUAAGAUACUGAAGCAGGAGAUGCCGGCAUCAUUGCAGCGCGUCGAGACUGCCUCGCAGUUACUGGAGGAGGCUUCCGAUAUGUUACGAGCCGAUCCCUAUUCGGGACCUGCGCGUAAAAAACUGAUUGAAGGAAGUCGCGGUAUACUGCAAGGCACCUCCUCGCUACUGCUCUGCUUCGACGAGUCCGAGGUGCGCAAGAUCAUACAGGAAUGUAAAAGGGUGCUCGAUUAUUUGGCCAUUGCCGAAGUGAUAAAUACCAUGGAGGAUUUGGUGCAAUUCCUCAAGGACCUCUCACCGUGUCUAAGCAAGGUUUCGCGUGAGGUCGGCGCGCGUGAGAAGGAGCUGACGCAUCAGGUGCAUAGCGAGAUUUUGGUGCGCUGCUUGGAACAAGUAAAAAUUUUAGCACCCAUACUCAUCUGCAGCAUGAAAGUGUACAUACACAUUGUCGAGCAGCAAGGUAAAGGUGCGGAGGAGGCCGCUGAGAAUCGCAAUUAUUUGGCGUCGCGCAUGAGCGACGAAAUACAGGAAAUCAUACGUGUGCUACAGUUGACCACAUACGAUGAAGAUACCAGCGAAUUGGAUAACCUCACGGUGCUCAAGAAACUCAGUAACGCCAUUAACAAUAAAUCCGAGUUGGCCAACGAUUGGCUAUCGAAUCCGUAUGCGCUGAAAGGUGGCGUUGGCGAGAAGGCGCUGCGUCAGAUAAUCGAUAACGCAAAUGAAAUCUCGGAGCGUUGCUUGCCACAGGACGCAUAUCCCAUUAGGCGUUUAGCCGAUGAGAUCGCUGCUAUGACCAAUAGUUUAUGCGAACUCCGUCAGGAUGGUAAGGGCACCUCACCGCAAGCGGAGUCUUUGGCGCGCGCCAUACGCGGCAAACUUGGUGAUCUACAGUCGCUGGUGCGUAAUGCAGUGGUGGGUGUAGACAAGGCGGGCCUACAACAGACCGCGCACACAAUACAGGGCCGCUUAGAGCAGGCUGUCAAAUGGCUCGAGCACCCAGAGAUAAACGACGGGGGUUUGGGUGAACGCGCCGUCAAUUUGAUUGUUGAAGAGGGACGUAAGGUCGCCGAGGGAUGUCCGGGUCAUCAGAAAGCGGAAAUUAUGCAACUAUGCGACGAGGUUGAACGCCUGAAACGUCAAGCAGCAGGUAAUACACCGGCCGCUAAGGAGGCUGCCAAACUAUUGACACAUAAGCUCCACGAAUUGAAGGCUGCGGUACAGAAUGCUUUGGUCAACCGCAUUGUACAAGACUUCAUGGACGUCAGCACGCCACUUAAGCAGUUUACCGAAGCAGUUAUGCUGCCCGAAGGCACGCCGGGACGCGAACAGAACUUCAACCAGAAAUCGAACAAUUUGCAGGCGUUCAGUGAUCGCGCUUCGAAGACGUCACGCAUGGUGGCUGCCGGUGGAGCCUGUGGUAAUAAGAAAAUCGCCGAAAUCUUGCUCUCAUCAGCAAACCAAGUCGACUCCCUGACGCCACAGCUUGUCAACGCUGGUCGCAUACGCAUGAACUACCCCGCCAGCAAGGCCGCCGAUGAGCACUUACAGAACUUGAAACAGCAAUAUGCCGACACUGUGCUGCGUAUGCGUACGCUCUGCGAUCAGGCCACCGAUCCAAGCGAUUUCAUUAAGACCUCCGAAGAGCACAUGCAAAUGUAUGCCAAGCUAUGUGAGGAUGCGAUCAUUGGCAAACAGCCACAGAAGAUGGUGGACAAUACGUCGAAUAUAGCACGCUUAAUCAAUCGUGUGUUGCUCGUGGCCAAACAGGAGGCAGACAACUCCGAAGAUCCGGUGUUCACACAAAAACUGAAUGCGGCUGCAAAUAGGUUAGAAAGCUCGUUGCCUGCCAUGGUUGGCGAUGCAAAACGCGUAGCGACCAACAUCAACGACCCGGCCGCGGCACAAGCAUGGAAGUCAUCAUUCCAACGUCUCUUGGGCGAUGUGCGUGAAGUACGCGCUGCCAUUGCGCCAUCACCGCCACCACUGCCCACCUCACUGCCACCACCAAUACCGGAGCUUAGCGCGCUGCACAUUUCCAAUCAAAAUGCCGAACGCGCGCCACCUCGCCCGCCAUUGCCACGCGAAGGUCUGGUGCCUGCGCGUCCGCCACCACCAGAGACCGACGACGAGGACGAGGGUGUUUUCCGCACAAUGCCACAUGCCAACCAACCAAUUUUGAUCGCCGCACGCGGCUUGCACCAAGAAGUACGCCAAUGGUCGUCGAAGGACAAUGAAAUCAUUGCCGCCGCCAAACGUAUGGCCAUACUAAUGGCGCGUCUCAGUGAACUCGUGCUUUCCGACUCGCGCGGCAGCAAACGUGAGCUGAUCGCCACCGCUAAAAAGAUCGCUGAAGCGUCUGAGGAUGUGACACGUCUGGCAAAGGAACUCGCACGCCAAUGCACAGAUCGACGCAUACGCACGAAUCUGCUGCAAGUAUGUGAACGUAUACCCACGAUUGGUACACAGUUGAAGAUUUUGUCGACGGUGAAGGCGACUAUGUUGGGUGCCCAAGGAUCUGAUGAGGAUCGUGAAGCAACGGAGAUGUUGGUGGGCAAUGCGCAAAAUCUGAUGCAGAGUGUGAAAGAGACAGUGCGCGCAGCGGAGGGCGCUAGCAUCAAAAUACGUUCGGAUCAGACUAGCAAUCGCCUGCAAUGGGUGCGCCGUCAGCCGUGGUACCAAUACUAGGCAACUCGGGGUUGUCCAGGGAAAUUUUUUGUAUGCCUUUAAGUGCCCAUUUCUUUAACAUUAUUCAAAUAUAGCCACAUUUGAAAUGUAUUAGUUUAAACAAUUAUUUAAUGUAUAAAUAUAACACUUUUUUAAUUUAUCGAAAUUACAACGAAUGGCAACUUUGCUUUUUUCUUUACCAAUUUUCUUACGACUUAUUUGUGCCAAGCUUUGAGUGUUGCUAACCAAAAUCAUGAGAAAUAAUUUAUACUACACUGAGUUAAACUAAAUAUAACAACAAAU